AUGAGGAACUACAUCACACUGAUUGCUCUUUCUGUGGUUGGUGGACUAUGUGCUCACGGCGACGAAGCAAGCACAGAGAUGGGCCCGGCUGCCUUCAUGUGGCCACCCGAUCGUCUCUGGGGUGCAGCAUAUGACAACAAUGCACCUUGUGGCUCAUCAACCGGGGCCGUGAAUCGAACAAACUUUCCACUGAUCAACGGCAAGCUUGCACUUGUACUUCAAGACGAGUCAUGGAAUGUGCAGGUUGCGAUCUCUCACAAAAGCAAUCCGACCACGAAUGACGACUUUGAGGCCUUCAUUAAUGGUUCCACUCUUUCCGAGAUUGAGCCAGGACACGAAUGUUACUCUGUUCCCAACCCAUCUAUCGACAUAGAAGAGGGAAUGAAUGCUACCUUCCAGAUCAAAUACACCUCGGACUUUGAUACCGAUAAAAACGAAACCUACUACGCAUGUGCGGACGUAACGUACAUUCCGGCGAGCAAGUUCACCUACCAAGUCCCUUGUUUCAAUGUGACAUCAGACGAGUUUACGGAUGCUACUACCACAACCACGGCCACAAUUGGGGCUACUGCUACUACUGCAGCAUCGGGCGCAACGAAGAACACAGGUACCACGGGCGAAAAAAGCUCUGGUCUUUCAGGAGGAGCUAUUGCGGGUAUUGUGGUUGGCUCGGUGGCUGGAUUGGCUCUUGGAAUUGCCUUGCUGUUCUUCUAUAGAAGGCUUUUGCAGAAGUAUCGCUUUUUGCGGCAAAGGGCUUCCGCCCGAAAUGUGGGCUGGAAUGAGGAGGCACCUCAGCAUAAAGUCGAUGAUGAGGUUCCGAUUGGGCUUCGCAAGAUUAGAUGA